UGCCGUCUUGCGUAAAUAAAUGGAUUGGAUUGGUAUAAAAGUAUCAAAAAAAUCUUCAAUAGACAUCAGUUAAUAAACGAUCAUCAGAUCUACUCAUCUUUUCUUAAAAAGAAAAAAAAAACAAUCUUUACAAAAAUGAAAUUCGCUUUGGUUUUCGCCGCCACCAUCAUGGCUGUCUCAGCCGCCGGAUUCGACCAGUACGGUCGCUACAAGCCCGCUGCCCCCUCCAAGCCCGCAGCGGUUGCCAGCCGCGUCUCCAGCAGCGACCAAGCUGCCAACGUCCUCCGUUACGACAACGUCAUCAACCCUGACGGCAGCUACAGCUACGCUCUUGAAACCGACAACGGUAUCGCUGCUGCGGCUCAAGGAACCCCCAGAGACUUCGGCGGCAACCCCCCAAUAGUCCCAGUCGUCUCCCAGGGAUCUUUCUCAUGGACCUCUCCUGAGGGUCAGCCCAUCGUCAUCUCAUACGUCGCUGACGAGAACGGAUACCAGCCCACUGGUGACGCCAUCCCCACCGCCCCCGCAAUCCCUGAAGCUAUCCUCAGGUCCCUGGAGUACCUCUCCAAGGUCCAGAAGAAGUAAACGACGAAUAAACUAGUUUGACCAAUUUAAAUCAACCACUGGACCACGAUUUCAUUAAGUUUUGUAUAUAGCUGCAUUUCGUACUUCAUUACUUAUGAAUGUUAGUACUGAAUAAUCAAAACGAUGCCUAUAUCGCUCAUAAGCAGGACGUGAUAUUUAAAUUGGAAAUAAAUUAUUAUUUAUAAUGUAACGGUUUACAAAUUAAGAACAUGCAUUAAAAAAUAUCUACAAA